AUGCCUAGCGAUCGAUAUGCUAAAAUGAUUAAAACACUUCAGCGGAAACUGGGCAUUAAGCUGCUAGCGAUCGAUUUCGAUAAAACUUUAGUCGACAUUCAUACGGGUGGAUUAUGGCUGCGAGAAACUUCAGAUCUUGUCCAUCAUGUUCGGCCUGGCGUACGAUCCCUCAUUGCUAGCGCUUUAACGGCUAACCUUCGUGUUUGUAUUGUCACAUUCUCAUCACAGGUGACACUAAUCUCCAAUGUGUUAAAGGCUUCCUUACCACCAGAGUGCGAAGCAGAUCACAUUAUCAUUCGUGGUUGUUCAGGAGAUUGGGAUAACGAUAUAGACUUUAAUCGAUGUGGCAAGCAGUACCAUUUACAAUCAGUUAUGCAAGAGUUAAAAGAGAAACAUCAUAUGGAAUUAACCUUCGAGCAGGUUAUGUUGAUAGACGACGAUGGAGAUAACGUCGAUUACGCUCGAAGAAAUGGUUGCAAAACCUUAUUAUUUGUUGACGAUGGUAGCUUGAAAGCACUAAAAAGCCCCAAGAAGUUGAAGAGUUAA